AUGGUUGGCAAGCCAUUAGUCCGACAACUUCCAACGGAGAGUGACAAUGAUAGCCCACACGACGUCCCUCUGGAAUACUGCAGAUACUAUGAGGACCUAAUUCAUGACAGUGUGGUUCUCACUAUGCCAAGGCUGUCAACGGAGCGAUAUCAAGACAUUUCGAGACCCCCCGAGCAGUACGCGGCGAAGAGACUUUCUAGGCCCACUAUUGCUUUCCAGUUAAAGACUUUCCGCUCAGCAUAUAUAUAUGCAUCUUUCUGA